AUGAACAUAAGUGUAAGCUUUGCUCGCUAGAUCAAAGACUUCAGAUUUAAGAACACUCUUUUUGGAGUUUCCUCUUUGGUAGGUUUAUGUCUUUGUGGUAAGAUGUUUGUAUUGGAUCAUAAUUCCUUCUAUCAACUUAUUUACAUUUCGGAACUCAUCAUUGGUUUCUUUAUGAUGUUAAUAGUCUUGUUCAAUCAAUUAAAGGAUCUGGAUUCAGUCGAAUACGUGUUUACAAUGGGUUACUUAAUCAAAGAAAGUGAGGGAGGAAAUGUUUAAUAUACAUUUUAAGAAUUAGAGGAAAUGAUCAAGGCUAGAAGCAUGGGUGAGGCUACUACGUGGCGUCUCCUUUAUACAAGCAUUAAAAUGGAUUUUCACCACUUUUGUUGCGAAUCUAAAGAUUUCCUCUAUCUUGUCUUAUCGGCUGGAGUAAUUACUUCAUACUUCUUUGAAUCACGAUUUUAAUCAAAUUCAAACAGCUGGCUAGUAUUUUUACUCUUCUUUGUGACAGUUUGGGAUUUUGUGUUUGUCGCUCUCGGGUUCAUCAUAGAACUGCCAAGGAGAAUCAGAUAAGAAUAUAAAUUGAGAGCCCUCCAAAGGAGAGCAACGAGAUAAUAAAUUUUAGAUAUAAUUAAGAAGGUUUAGAUAGCUUCUUGUUGUUGGAUAAUGAAUUAGUGGAAGAGGAGUAGGUUUAUUAACCAUAGUAAAUACAGGAAGCGCCACAACAUAGAUACAGCAUAUUUGGAAGGGAGGAAUAACUCUAAUGCUAAAUAUGUUUUGAACCAAUGUUGGAGAAUGAAGGACUUCAACAAUUAUAAUGCCAUCCUUCGCAUCUAUUCCAUUCCAAAUGUAUUUAAGAUUGGUUUCAAUAAAAUGUAUAAUUUCUUCUAUUUCUUAGCGAUAAAACAAUUUAGUUCCCAGUUGCCCUAUUUGUAGAGCACCAUAAAAUAGAUGAAAUUAAUAUUAACAUAUAUUAUGGUUCUUAUGAAUUUAAUAUAUAUUUAUAAACGAACUAAUUAAAUUGUUUAACAUUCUCAAACCUUUUACAUAAAUAUAUAGUGGAACCAUUCACUUUUUGAUGAAAAUGAUAUAUGCGGCAAUUUUUUGUUUUUAAGAAGAUCUUCGAUCAGAUAGCUUAUUAAUUGGAAGUAAAACAAAAUCAAAGGAAUAACAUGUAUAAAAAUAUGCUCUCCACUUCUAUUAAGAUCACAUAUACUGAAGACUUGUAUAUCACGCAUAAUCAUUUCUAAUAUUCAAAACUCGAGUUUUAAUCUCUGA